AUGGACAUGGAAAAAGAAGCAGAGGGAGCUCGGAAACGUCGCCAACAACGUCACAAAUCCAGAAAAGAUAAGGUUGCACGUGAGAAAGAACCCGAACUGAUGGGCACACAGCGAACGGCAUCCUUCAAUGAUCUGCAAUUCCAAGAUAGUAAAAUGGAGUUCAAGUCGGAGGAGAAAGGUCCAUCUGGCUCUGACAGUGGGUCUGCUGAAAGGAAGAGACGGGAAAGAGAAAAAAGUCAUCUCGAUAUCGAUGAACGAACUGCUCUCAAAGAGUUGUCCAAGCUUUAUCGCGACCUUCUGGAACGGUUCGAAGAGCUACGGCAAAAGCAGGAGGCUCAGAUGAGUGCUGAAUCGGACAGCACUCGACUUCGCCGACUGGCCAAGACGGACCCUUCGGUAAAAGACGUUCUGCAGGAUCUCGUUGAAAAUAUCAAAAAAGCUCUACAUGAUUUCAAGACAUGUGCUGUACGUACUGCCACCCACAUCGUUUUCAACGUACGAAGACCACCUCCAUCAUACUUUGGUGUAACUCCAAAGGUUGGAAUGCUCGCUCCACAACAGACCACGACCAUCUUCAUGACGUUCAGUGGACGUUGCUCAAGAAUACCAGAUGAUCUAGUGUGGUUAUACAGCAUCUAUCAGUUAGAGAUCGACGAAAACGCUGCCAGUGGAAUAAAGACCGAGAAGUUCUCCACGAAGACCAUUCGCAGGGUCUGGCAACUUAUCGGUUCUGAAGACGUAGCAAACGUUCUACAUUUGGCAUGUGUCUUUUUUCAUGACAGCAAAAAAGGUCGUUGCCUCCGACGGCAUACGGUAAGGCCAGUGCCCGAGCUUGACGAGGCAGGAAUGCUUGGCGAAAUAGCAUAUGCUUUUUUCCAACAAAAUCACGAGACCAACCUUGAAAGCGAUCGUUUAGUGGACGAGGAGGAGUACGACCCAGACCUCCACGACGAUCAAAGCGAAGAUCUUCCGAGUGCAAACGAGGGAGAUUUCUGA